AUGAAAGUGUUGACAGACCACACGUCCCCUUUAUGUCAGGUCGGACAACCUUGCCACUACAUCCCAUUCCCUAAGAACAAACGCUUCGUAGGACGACAAAAUAUAGUAGACACACUCGAAGCGAUGUUUUUCACAAAUGAGUGCCAAAAUAUCGCCGUUAUAGGGCUGGGCGGAGUUGGCAAGACGCAGGUCGCUCUCAAGUUUGCAUACUGGGUAAAAGAGAACAAGCCAAACUUCUCUAUCUUCUGGUCGUACACGGAGAUGGCAAGAAAGCUUCCUAUCCGCAAAGACAACAAUGAGAACCCCAUGGAGUCAGUUCGGCGAUACCUGAGCUCGGAGGAAGCUGGGCCAUGGCUUCUCAUCGUGGAUAAUGCAGAUGAUAGAGAAAUGCUUCUCGGGAGUUCAGACUCGCCAGGCGGGAUUCUCGAGUAUCUGCCACAGAGUGAACGAGGCCUGACUUUAUUUACUUCACGUUCCCGGGAAGUAGGAGUGGCGGUUGCUGGAAAAGAUGUGGUUGAGUUAUAUGAGAUGAACCCACAAGAGGCGGAAAGCUUUUUGGAGAAGUCUGCAACGACAACCAGACUCUUGAAAGAGCUCACUUAUCUUCCCUUAGCAAUCACGCAAGCGACAGCCUAUCUGAACAUAAACCAGGUUUCGAUUGCAGAAUACUUGAGAUUAUUACGAGCCACAGAACAGGAUAUGAUCCACCUGAUGAGUAGACAAUUUCGCGACAAUACCCGAUAUAAUGACUCGCAGAACGCGGUGGCAACGACCUGGCUUGUGUCAUUCGAACAGAUCCGAAAAUCCGAUAACGCCGCUGCCGAGCUACUAUCAUUCAUAUCUCGCAUCGAACCGAAGGCAAUACCGCAGUCUAUCCUGCCUAGCUUGGGCUCGGAAGAGCAGAUGGUGCACGCGCUUGGCACACUGCGUGGGUAUGCUUUUGUGGUCAAACGAGGAGACGAGGAGAUGUUUGAUAUGCACAGCCUAGUACAUUUAGCGACGCGAAUAUGGAUUCAGCAAGAAGGGCGUGUGACACAGAUGAUGGAGAAGGCAACAAGACAUCUGGCAGCAGUCUUUCCAGAGUACCUGCCACAUGCUCUUCGGGUGCUCUAUGGGGAUGAAAGGGUUGAUAUAGAAGAGAGAUAUGAGCUGGAUUUUAGGGCCGGGAAAUGCCUGCAGGCAGAUGGACGAACUAAAGAAGCUGUGGUCGAGCUCCUAGAACACGUUAUUGCGACAGAUGAGAAGAUGCUUGCCAAGGAGCACCCUGAUCGACUAGCCUCCCAGCACGACCUUGCAAGCGCCUAUGAAACUAACGGACAAACAAAGAGGGCAAUUAAGCUACUAGAAUGCGUGGUUUUGGUAGAUGAGAAGACGCUUGCCAAGGAGCACCCUAGUCGACUAGCCUCCAAGCGCGCGCUUGCAAGAGCCUACGAAGCCGACAGACAGACAACGAGGGCGGCCUUUGGAAGCACAGCUAUACCUUGA